AUGAAAGGCACAGCGACACCCAGCCAGAUCUCGGCCUUCCUCAUUUCACUUCGGUUGCAAGACAAAGAUCGCGACCCACACAUUGUAGCGUCUUGUGCGAAAGCGAUGCGUACUCAUGCCAAAAGAAUUGAAUAUACAGGUUAUGAACAUUUAUGUCAACAUGUCGUCGAUAUUGUGGGGACGGGCGGAGAUGGACAUGAUACGUAUAAUGUGUCGACCACUGCAUCUAUCGUAGCAGCGGGAGCAGGAGCAAAAGUAGCCAAGCAUGGUAACCGAGCUUCUUCUUCAAAAUCAGGAUCGGCGGACCUCAUGGAAGCACACGGCUGUCAGAUUGCUCUUGUUCAACCAGACCAAGUGGCAGGGAUUUUAGAACGAACCAAUUUCUGCUUUUUGUUUUCACAAAUCUAUCAUCCUGCCAUGAAGCAUGUGGCGUCCAUUCGGAAAGAAAUUGCGGUCCCUACUGUAUUUAAUAUGCUGGGACCAAUGUCAAACCCUGCAAAACCAGCACGGAUGGUUGUAGGUGUUCAUUCACCGGAAAUUGGUGAAUUAAUGGCUCAAGCUUUGAAAUUGACGGGUGUCCAAGAUGCUUUAGUUGUUUGCGGAUCGGAAAAAUUAGAUGAAAUCAGUCCUUCAGGUGAAACAAAUUACUGGAGAGUACGAGGGACAAAUGAAGAAUUGAUCAGUGGUACACUUCAUCCUACACGUGAUUUUGGUUUAAAGACACAUCCCUUAACUGAGGUAAAAGGAGGCGAUUGCUACGACAAUGCAGAAAUAUUACAACAAUUACUUAAUGAUGAAUUACACGAAGACCAUCCCAUAUUGGAUUUUGUUCUGUUGAACGCGUCCGCUUUAUUAGUAGUCGCGGGUAUCGCAAAGGACUUUAGAGAAGGUGUAGUGAAGGCACGCGAAUCUAUCAAGCAAGGAAAAGCGAAAGAAGUCUUGGAGACGUUUAGAAAAGAGAGUUUGCUAUUUCACUUGCCACAAUCACCACCUCAAGAAGAGUCUGCUAAAAAUUGA